AUGGCGGGCGAUCAUAUUGGACCGUGGAGAACGGACGCUCAAGGCCAUCUGGCUUCCGACGCCGAAGGAAAUGCCAAAACAGACUACUCACGGUGGAGGUUACUGGACGAUCGUGGCCGCCAGACAUGGCAAUAUCUUGAAUCUGACGAGGAAAAUCUAAAAUGGCCUCAGUCAAUCGCUGACAAGCAUUUUCUUGGUCUUCCAUUGGGGCUUCCGGACCUGCCCACUCCCAAAACCCCAUUGCAAUGCGCAGAAAAUGGCUUGGAGUUUUUCUCCAAAUUGCAGCUACCGCCUGGAAAUUGGGCGUGCGAGUAUGGCGGUCCAAUGUUCUUGCUGCCAGGACUUAUCAUCACCUACUAUGUGACUAACACCCCCAUUCCACCGGAGUAUGCGACAGAGAUCAAACGUUAUCUCUUUGCUCGUCAGCACCCGGAGGAUGGUGGCUGGGGCCUCCAUAUUGAGGCUCACAGUUCUGUCUUUGGCACAUCGAUGAACUACGUCACAUUGCGUCUAGUCGGCGUCAGUGAGGAUCAUCCUCGUAUGAUCAAAGCCCGAGGACUUUUGCACAAGUUUGGCGGUGCGGUCUACGGGCCUCAUUGGGCUAAGUUCUGGCUCAGUGUUCUUGGUGUAAUGGAAUGGGACUGUGUCAAUCCUGUCCCUCCCGAACUCUGGCUGAUUCCCGACUGGGUUCCCUUUGCCCCCUGGCGCUGGUGGAUUCACAUGCGCCAGGUAUUCUUGCCGAUGUCGUAUCUUUGGUCUAAGAAGUUCACCUAUCCAUUGGAUUCGCUCACCAAACAGAUUCGACAGGAGUUGUACACAGAACCAUAUGACUCGAUCAACUUUUCAGCACACCGAAACUCUAUCCACAAGGCGGAUAACUACUACCCUAAAACCUCUCUGUUGAACCUGGCCAAUCAGCUUAUGGUUGGAUUAUGGAUCCCAUACUUCCGAGUUUCCCCUGUGGUGAAGCGCGCGGAAGAAUGGACCUGGGAAUUAAUUCAGAUGGAGGAUGAGAAUACCGAUUAUGCUGGUUUGGGACCCGUCAGCAACCCAAUGAACAUGGUUGCUUGUUAUCACCAUGAUGGCCCAGAUAGUUAUUCAGUCCGCCGUCAUCGCGAGCGUCUCCACGACUACAUGUGGAUGAAGAACGAGGGCAUGUUGAUGAAUGGUACCAACGGUGUUCAGGUAUGGGACACAGCAUUUAUCACGCAGGCUAUCGUUGUUGCCGGUUUUGCAGAUGACCCCAAGUGGCGUCCAAUGCUCACCAAGGCCUUGGAAUUCCUUGAAGAUCAUCAACUGCGGGAAAAUGUUCCUGAGCAAGAGAAGUGCUACCGCCAGCACCGAAAAGGCGCAUGGCCAUUCAGCAACAAGACGCAGGGAUACACGGUUAGUGACUGCACGGCAGAAGGCUUGCGGUCCACCAUCCAGCUUCAAGAGAUGCACAAUUACCCCCAGCUGAUCUCUGUAGAGCGCUUGAAGGACAGUGUGGAUUGUUUGCUGCUCAUGCAGAAUCCUUCUGGUGGAUUUACCGAGUACGAAACUACCCGUGGCUCUACGAAGCUUGAGUGGCUCAACGCUGCCGAGGUAUUUGGUGGGAUCAUGAUCGGUUACGACUACCCAGAGUGUACCACUGCCUCUGUUACUGCGCUUUCUCUAUUCAGCAAGUUCUACCCCAACUAUCGUGCCGCCGAAAUCAAAGCCACCAAGGAUAGGGCUGUGAGGUAUAUCAAGCGCGUGCAAAGAUCGGAUGGAAGCUGGUACGGAGCAUGGGGUAUCUGUUUUACCUAUGCUGCAAUGUUUGCCUUGGAGAGUUUAGCCAGUAUUGGCGAGACCUACGAGACUAGUGACUAUGCCCGCCGUGGCUGUGAGUUCCUCAUCUCGAAGCAAAAGGAAGACGGAGGCUGGGGUGAAUCCUACCUUAGCAGUGAAAAGCACGUCUAUGUACAGCAUGAAAAGUCACAAGUGACUCAGACAGCGUGGUCGUGUCUUGCGUUGAUGGAGGCCGGAUACCCAGACAAGGAGCCUCUCCGGAAGGCCAUGAAGCUGCUGAUGUCGCGACAGCAGCCCAAUGGAGAGUGGUUGCAAGAAUCCAUUGAGGGUGUUUUCAAUCAAUCAUGUAUGAUUUCGUAUCCUAACUACAAAUUCUACUGGCCUAUUCGGGCGUUGGGUCUUUACAGCAGAAAGUUCGGCAAUGAAGAGUUGGAAAUCACUCCAAGACUUGACGAUAUGAACGCGGCAGCGCAGGGCGACAAUGCCCUUGCCAAUUCAGACUUCCCAAGCGCCAUUCGGCACUUUACCCAGGCCCUGAUCGAGCUCCCUCGCGCCCCAACCUACUACAUCAAACGAUCGACCGCCCACACCCGCCUCAAGCCUGCAAAUGGAGGACCGAACUCGCACGCUGCUCUCCGCGAUGCCGAAAUUGCCCUUGCCCUUGCGCAGGAACGUGGGAAACGUGAAAUAAUCUUAUCUGCCCAGAUGAGACGUGGGGUGGCGCUGUUCCAGCUCGAGAGAUUUGGAGAUGCGGGGUUUGUGUUCGACACUAUCAGGGCGAAGACUACUACGGCGGAGAGUGAGGGUCAGGAUAAAUCUGAGAAAGUGAAGAAUGCUAUGGCUGGUGGGGGUUCUGCCUCUGCGAAGAAGGGCUAUGAGCAGGAGCUGCCUAUCUGGACGUUGAAGUUGAAGGGGAAGUUGAACAAAUUGGCUGAAGGGGAUGAAAAGGCUACUGUCAAUGUCGUUGAAUAUCCUUCGGAUACCAAGAUACCGAGCGAGAAGGAUCUCAAGAAGCAAUUGGAGGCACUCAAGGCGGGAAAUACGGCAGGGAUUCCAGAGGAUGACAAGACACAAAGCCAGGCUGAGGUGGAUGCUUCGACUGAGAAAGCUUCGGAGAGUAAGGCUGGUGCUGGGAGUGCACCCUCCGCUGCCCCAUCUGCUUCUCCUGCACCUGAAAAGGUCCGGCAUGAAUGGUAUCAAUCGCACGACUCCGUUGUGGUGACACUAUAUGUCAAGGGAGUACAGAAGGACAAAGUGGACAUUGAUCUGAAGGGUGAUUCAGUUGCUCUUCAAUUCCCACUUCCAUCUGGCGCAGACUACGACUUUACUCUUGACCCUCUGUUCGCCCCGGUUGACCCAUCGUCGUCAAAGGUGUCCGUCAUGUCUACGAAAAUCGAAAUUGUGCUGCGUAAACAAAUCCCGGGACAGAAAUGGGGUGCACUGGAAUCCUCCUCGACCGGCGUCAAGCUUGCAGACCGACAAGCCGUUACAGGUGCCACGCCCGCGCCUGAUGGACCUUCUUACCCGACAUCGUCUCGCCAUGGAGCCAAAGACUGGGAUAAGCUAGCCUCGACCCUCACAGCGAAGAAAUCCAAGGAUUCCGAGAAGAAGGGCAAGGAGAAGAAAACCAACCAGGGAGAGGACAAUGGAAACGAAUCCGACGGUGCAGAAUCCGUCGACUCUGAUUAUGGCGGUGGUGAUCCUGUCGAUGCAUUUUUCAAGAGGCUGUAUGCAGGAGCUGACCCGGACACCCGCCGCGCCAUGAUGAAGAGCUAUGUUGAGAGCCAAGGAACCUCUCUGAGUACCAACUGGGGAGAGGUAGGCUCUGGGAAAGUGGAGCCUCGCCCUCCCAGUGAAUGA